GACAAAACCCAAAAACCCAAAUGGCAAAUAUCCAAUCACUGUCGUUAGUUCUUCACUUCUUCUCUGCGGCUCACUCGCCGACUCUGCCUCACCGGUCACCGUCACCGACCCAUCGUUGCCGUUGCCGGGGGGAAGUUGUUAGUCAAGACGACGACAACGAGUUCCGAUGAGGCAUGCUGAUUUGGCUCCAGAUGAUCUCACGAUGCGCUCUCUCUUGUGUUCCUUUAUUAGUCCCUUCACACUGUCUAAUGGAAAGCAGAUCUUUCAAGCGCAGAUAUGAUGUUCAAUGAAAUUAAACACAAUGCAGAUCUAGUUUCAUGGAAUGCCAUUCUCACAGUUUAUAUACAACACAACAAGGCCGAAGAAAUUUUGUCCUUGUUUAAGAUGAUGCUUCGUCAAUCUCCUAAUAAUAAGCCAGACCACAUUACUCUAGUCAUUGUGAUCAGUGCUUGUGGGAAGUUGGCAUCUUUAGAAAUGGGAAACCAAACACAUCUCUAUGCUUUGAAAACCGGGCUUGCUCUGGACCCCACAAUCAGUAAUGGGCUAAUCGACAUGUAUGUGAAAUGCGGUUCUUUGGGAAAUGCCAGGAAGCUCUUUGAGGCUUUGGACAUUGCUGAUGUGUUUUCAUGGAGUAGUUUGAUUGUGGGGUAUGCUCAGUUUGGACAAGGCAAAGAAGCUUUAAAGCUCUUUGGGGAAAUGAGGGAUUUAGGGGUCAAACCAAGCCAGGUGACGUUUGUUGGGGUCUUAACGGCUUGUAGCCAUGUUGGAUUGGUGAAGGAGGGUUGGCAUUUGUUCAAACAAAUGGAAACGGAGCACGGCAUUGUACCCACAAGGGAGCAUUGUUCAUGCGUGGUUGACAUGUUUUCCCGGGCUGGAUGUAUAAACGAAGCAGAAGCUUUUAUAAACCAGAUGCCUUUCGAACCAGACAUUGUGGUAUGGAAAACAAUGUUGUCGGCCUGUAGAACCCACAACAAUCUUGAGGUUGGAAAGAGGGCUGCACAGAAUGUUUUGAGGAUUGACCCGUCCAACUCUGCUGCACAUGUGCUGCUGUGCAACAUAUAUGCCUCCACUGGGAAUUGGAAGGACUUUGCAACAGUGAAAGGUUUGAUGAGACAGAACGGCAUAAAGAAAGUCCCGGGCCGGAGUUGGAUUGAGCUCAAAGAUGGGACACAUGCCUUUUUGGCUGGAGACCGUCUGCAUCCCGAAAGAGAGAAAAUAUAUGCAAUUCUUGAUGAGCUUUGCUCCCAAAUGUCGGAUGCCGGUUAUGAUCCUCUGAUUCAUGUAAGAGAUUCAGAAGUACUUAACUGUGAAGAUUCUCUUGGUGGUGAUUCCAUUCUGAAAGGCCAAUGUGAUUGAAGUAACACAAUGCUUCAUAGAUUUAUCAUGACUUGACAUGUUUUUUAUGUGAAUCAAGGAGAAGAGAUAAAAGGAAAUGAACUAUUCAAGCAAUAAGAAAAAAACAAACCCAAGAAAAUCCCACGAAAAUCGGGUCUAUAAGGAACAUGAUGCUGGAGGAAAAUAGGGAUCUGCAGAGACAGCUUUUGCAGAGACAUGCAAAAGAUCUUUUGGAAACUCAGAACGGAUGGUUGGGCGGGCGGAGGAGAAAUAAUUAGUGAGGAUUCUAAUAGCAAUUGUCAUUCUUGAUUUUUUUGCCUCAUGAAUACUGUUAUCAAUGAACAUUAAAAAAAAAGUAUCCGACCUUUUGUUCUGAACAGAUAGUAUUCAUUGU